AUGCAGUUCGCUACUGUACUCAUUGCCCUCCUGCCAGCGCUAGUUGCUGCCAAAAACCCGUAUUCUAACCAACUAUGCGAUGGUGAUUUCCGUGCUCUCUGCCUUCCGAGCAGUGACGGCGUUCAGCGUUGCCUCCGGGAUGGCGAUUUUGGAAACACCUGUGUCGUUGACUGUGAGUCGCAGUCUGACUGCCGCGCUCAGUGCCGCACCCAGGGUUUUAAGAACGGGUUCUGCACUAUUGCUGGGUAUGUACAGCGUCUUCCAUGUAGACAUUUCCCCCGUCUAAUAUUUUACCUUCUUUUCAGGAGCGGACCUUGCAUUUGCAGCGGUCUCGACGCUGGCGCCAAUUUUGAGGACCAGAUCUAG